AUGUCAACCCCAGUCCGACGCACAAAACUCUCAUUUAAAGGGGACAAACCACUAAAGAAAAAGAAAGCCCAUCAGAAAGAAGGAAAUGCACGAAACGGCGAGGAGGGCGAUCCGCAAGACUGGGUAUUCCCUGACGUCUCCGAGCAGAUCCUUGGGCCUACAUUCGUUCUAUCUCCUUCUUCCUCCUCGCCCUACUGCCUAGCGUACGACUCCACCCGAGCGCGCCUACAGCUCUCCCAGCUCUCAGACGACGCGCCCCCCGACCGGCCAACAGAAGUCGCCCAAGUCUGGGUAGCGACACACGUUGCUGGCACUGCGUCCGUGAACCUCCGAACUCCGGACGGGAGGUUCUUGAGCUGUGACAAGUUUGGGGUUGUGGGCGCUGAUAGUGAGGCUCGGGGGCCGCAGGAGGAGUGGGUAGCUGAGCGCGUUUCGCCAGAGGGGGAGGUCAAACUGGAGGAAGGGGAGGACAAGCCUGCAAAUUCGUUGGGAAAGGAAAUGUACUUUGGGUUUAAGAGCGUGCAUGGGGGUUGGUUGGGGCUGGACGAGCUUGCGGGGGGUAAGGUGGGCGUGAGAGGGGACGCGGAGAAGCCCGAACCGUGGAUCGUCAGAGUCCAAAGAGAGUGGAAGGUCAAAGCCGGGGAGGAGGAGCGAAAGAGGAACGAUGUCGAAAAUCCCGGGAAGAGGAAAAUUGAUGAAGUUGAGACCAAUCAUGAGUACCAAGCAUGGGGUGCGGGGAGAUCGGUCGUCUCACAGGACGAUACGCGAGACCUCAAGAAGGCACGAAAGGAUGGUCGGCUGUCGGAAGCGAUGCUGGACCGGAGAGCGAAGCUGAAGAGUGAUCGAUUCUGUUAA